AUGGACUGGGCAGCUGGGUCAGAUGAAUCUUCACAGGCUCCUUUGCAGGCUGGCUGUGUCGCUGAGGAGCCGUGUGGUACAAGCAAUGUCUGCCGAUGCAGAGGUCCUUUGCGGACUGGGCUGCGCUGCUGUAGGAGCCGUAAGGGUCAGAUGAAGUCCCUCAAUGCUGGGGCCCUUUUUGCAGCUAGAGUGCAGCUGAAAGCAAUGUCAGAAACUCAGGACGUGGAGUGUCUGUUGAUGUCUCCUUCCCCGUCGAGCUGGAAACGCAGAAAAAGGGAAGUGCUGGUCUCCAGCCAGGAAGUGUUGGUGGUGAUGGGGUGCAAGUACCUGAAGAGCGACUGGUGCAAGACCCAGCCCCUGCGGCAGACAGUCAGUCAGGAGGACUGCAGGAGCCGGACGGUCAUUAACCGCUUCUGCUACGGCCAGUGCAACUUCUUCUUCAUCCCUCGACACGUCAAGAAGGAGCAGGAGUCGUUCCAGUCAUGUGUCUUCUGCCGGCCAAACCGCUUCACCAGCCUCACCGUGGAGCUUGACUGCUACCGCAAGAUCCAGAGUGUCAAGCAGUGCCACUGCAUGUCCGUCAGUGUGUCCAAGUCUGGAAACAGUGAGAGGACGAUGCUUAGACAACAGAGGAAGACUGAUGGUGUUUGA